GGGCCCAGGACAGCCCGGCGCCCGGCAGCCGCUUCGUGUGCACGGCGCUGCCCCCGGAGGCGGUGCGUGCCGGUUGCCCGCUGCCCGCGAUGCCCAUGCAGGGCGGCGCGCUGAGCCCCGAGGAGGAGCUGCGGGCCGCGGUGCUGCAGCUGCGCGAGACCGUCGUGCAGCAGAAGGAGACGCUGGGCGCCCAGCGCGAGGCCAUCCUUGAGCUCACCGGCAAGCUGGCGCGCUGCGAGGGGCUGGCGGGCGGCAAGGCACGAGGCGCGACGGCCACGGGCAAGGACACUAUGGGCGACUUGCCGCGGGACCCCGGCCACGUCGUGGAGCAGCUCAGCCGCUCGCUGCAGGCCCUCAAGGACCGCCUGGAGAGCCUCGAGCACCAGCUCCGAGGGAACGUGUCGAACGCAGGGCUGCCCGGUGACUUCCGCGAGGUGCUCCAACGGCGGCUCGGGGAGCUGGAAAGGCAGCUGCUACGCAAGGUGGCAGAGCUGGAGGACGAGAAGUCCCUGCUCCACAACGAGACCUCCGCUCACCGGCAGAAGACGGAGAGUACCCUGAACGCCCUGCUGCAGAGGGUCACUGAGCUGGAGCGAGGCAACAGCGCCUUUAAGUCGCCAGAUGCCUUCAAAGUGUCUCUUCCCCUCCGCACAAACUACCUGUAUGGCAAGAUCAAGAAGACGCUGCCUGAGCUGUACGCCUUCACCAUCUGUCUGUGGCUGCGGUCCAGCGCCUCACCAGGCAUCGGUACCCCAUUCUCCUACGCAGUGCCUGGGCAGGCCAAUGAGAUUGUGCUGAUAGAGUGGGGCAACAACCCCAUCGAGCUGCUCAUCAAUGACAAGGUUGCGCAGCUGCCCCUGUUUGUCAGUGACGGCAAGUGGCACCACAUCUGUAUCACCUGGACGACGCGGGAUGGCAUGUGGGAAGCUUUCCAGGAUGGGGAGAAACUCGGCACUGGGGAGAACCUGGCCCCCUGGCACCCUAUCAAGCCAGGGGGCGUGCUGAUCCUUGGCCAGGAGCAGGACACUGUGGGGGGCAGGUUCGAUGCCACUCAGGCAUUUGUCGGGGAGCUCAGCCAGUUCAACAUAUGGGACCGCGUCCUUCGCGCACAAGAAAUCGUCAACAUUGCCAACUGCUCCACAAACAUGCCAGGCAACAUCAUCCCGUGGGUAGACAACAACGUCGACGUGUUUGGAGGGGCUUCCAAGUGGCCGGUGGAGACGUGUGAGGAGCGCCUCCUUGACUUGUAGCUACCCUCUCCCCUGUCCGGGAGGCCGGGAUUGGCUGUUCCUGUGGAAGUCCAGGGCCACUGACUCCCCCAGUUAAACUGUAAAACCUCUUGCCAGCACGGGCCGGGGCCCCCACAGCCCAUCCCCAGGGACUCUCCGAGACUGAGGCUGAGGCAGCGUUCGUCCCCAGCUUAUUUGUUCCUUACCAAGAUUUGCUGCCGUUUGGGGUAGUGCCAGGAUCCCCAGGUGACAACCCCCCAGCCACAAGGCGGGAGGAUCUUACUUCCUUCUGCAGGUGGGAUGGAAGUCCACCAGCCCUCUUCAGAGCUCCUGUAAAUGCUAGCGCAGCCCCAGCCCUGGCGCCCGCUCCGAUCCUUGGUGUCCUGUGUGGCUCUUCUGUCUGUCCCCUCUAAUGGCUGUGUGGCCAUCCCACUGGAAUGGCCAUGUCCCUUGUGCGUAGAGUGCAUCCCUGCUGGUGACUGAGCACGCAGCAAAGCAGCCUCCCCCCUCUCCCCCCGACCCCGCUCUGCAAAAGGGCCUUUCCCUUUGUGUCCCAUGCAUUGUGAAUAGUUCCUCUGAGGAUCCCCUGAGCUGGUGGAGGAGCGCCGGCUUCCCAGACAAAGCCCUACCUUCCCCAGAACAGAGGGGUGUCUGCGGCCCCAGAGAGGGGCGUGGAGGGAGCGCAGAAUGGAGCAGGGCCGAGACCACUGCUCGCCUCCUAUCAUCUCUUCCUCAGACCGACGCUCGACUGAAUCAUCACUAGGCAUGGCUUUAAAAAGCCUCUUUUCUCAUCUGGUGCCAAGGUUCAGUUGCAGCUUUUACAACCCUCCGGUGUGGUUGGGAGGAUUUAUUUUUUCCCAACAGAAAAGAGCAGCCAUUAGAAGAAAGCGCCCAUCUUUUGAUGUUUCACCCCACUGUGAGGAGUGUGCUCGUUUUUAAUUCAUGUUGGUUCCUGUAAGCAUCGGACUAUCUUCAUCAAGUAUUUCCCCCAAGAACUUUUUCAGAAAAUGGAGGUCAUUUGGCUGACACGUGCUUAGUGACUCCAGGCUGCUCAAUCUAUUGGACAGAGGUAGUGAUUUAUUUUAAAGACAGUGAUGAAGUGGGGAAAUUUAUAAAGCUAAAUAUUAUAUAUUUUAUUUUUCAUACAUGUUUGAAGUGCAAAUCUGUGGAAAUUCCAUUUGUAGGACCAAGUUAACAUGCCCAUCCUGACAUUGUAUGCUACGAGAACUCUUCUGAUGAUGGAAUUUUGAUUAAAGUGCACUGGAAGAUG